ACUUCAAGGAGCAAACAUGGAACAUACAAUGCUUAGAUAGGCUAUAGAUAUAAUGGAAAGCGCACACACGCGCGCACUCACUCAUCCGCCCCCUUUCUCUCUCUCUCUCUCUCUCUCUCUCUCUCUCUCUCUCUCUCUCUCUCUCUCUCGUGUUUUCCCCCCACACCUCAAUAACGGUGCGUGAGAUAUAUUUGUGCAUAUAUUUUUUAUUCACGGGGAUACAUUUUCAAUGGCUUUUGGCGGUCGUGGAUUAUAAUUUAUAUUUCUGAACAGCAGUGGAAUAUUGGCUAACAUCGACUCCAAUUGUGAAUAGCGUAUUCCUUAUUUUCUGACUGGUGUGUGGUAUUUUUGUUGCAUGCCGAGAGACUGUCAAGACUCGAAGACCACGUUCAAUGCCGUUGGAACAUGUCCUAUGUCCCCUUUCAAGAUGCGAGGUGUGCCGUCCCCCCCUCCUAUCGCCCCCAUGCCCCUUCCUUUGCCACUCCCUCCUACGACCACCCCGACUGGAAUCCCCGUCUCUGUGUGAUCUCCGGAAAUCAGCUCUACAUGUUGGACCAGGAGGAGGUACACCCUUUGUUGAUGCGCGAGCGGCGCUCCGAGUUGCACAGGAACAAGCUGCUGCGAAGGACAGUCAGCGUUCCUGUUGAGGGGAGGCACCAUCCAGAGAUGGGUAAGUUGGCCAUGGGCCCUUCUAUCUCCCUGAAUUAUUUUGGACCAUAGAAAUACAGUCAAUAGCUUGGAACCUCUGACCAUAAAGCACAAAUGUUAUGUUGUACUUCCUGCUUUUACUUCCUGCUUUACUCUUAUGGGGACCCUCGCAAUGGCUGCCAGUCCACUGAUUAUGGCGUCAUUGACUUGAAUGGGAGGCCCGUUCUACUCACUCUAGUUCUGUGUUUCUGACUCUACCUGUCAUGGGCUGCUCUCACCUUU